AGGAGAAACCAGCGGAAAACACUCUGGAUAAAGUCUCUAAUGAGCCGUGUCUGGGUGAUAAGUCCAUCUUCUGUCAGAUGGAGGUUCUGGCGCGCUACUGCUCCAUCCCGGGUUAUCAUAAGCUCUGCUGCGAGUCCUGUAACAGGAAGUUGGGUUUCAGUACUGUUUCUCCAGACGUUCAUCCUCCCUUCUCUUGGCUUCCGGAUUUCACUUUCCCUCAACUACUUCAAACGAAUCCUGCCCCGACACAGCAGACGUCUGUAUCUCCAUCUACAGCGGCUCCGCUCAUGCACACCACUACAGCAGCUACCCAGAGACCGCCGCCCACUUCCUCCAGCCCUAAAGCGGACGAGAGCACGUCCCAUCCGGAGCCCGUCACCUCACUUCUACCUCCAGACGGACUCCAGAACCAGAGCACCACUGUGGACUCGCCGGUCACAUGAUCGCCGACCAAUCAGACAGCAGCUACCGGUUACCUCAGAACGAACCGACGUCACCCACAAUCCUCUGCUCCGUGUGUUGAACCGGGAGAAAACCGUGAAAGGUGCUGUUCUUGAAAUGCAGUGGCUCAAUCCGUGUUUUUUUGUGUGUGUGUUCAGGACUACUAGACGCACGCGUCUUCACUUUUUAGCGUGUUUGUGGCUGUAGCACAUCGUUAUUUGCUCAUAUAGUUAAUAGCAGUGUUAUUUUGAGUCUAGCUGCGUGCGUUUGCUUUGUAACUCUGAUGUAGUUUUGUGAUUGACCGACUUCAGCAGAGUUCACCCAGUUGGCCCAACGAAGGUAUCCAAGGUUUCCUGCUAAAUAAUUUAAUUUAAGUUAAAUACUAAUCUGGCUCCAUUUUAUUGUGAGAAAAAUACAAUAAAGCCAAGGCAACAGAUCCGCACACCAAACGAGAUGCAAAGUUCAAGGUCCUUUGAACAAGAGUUUAUUCCUAAAGAUUUACAUAGAGGUGAAAACAAAAACACAAAAAGUGCACAAAGAAAGAAGUGACUGUGCACACACAUACAAAACAGAUCAUCCGCAUAGCAACACCCUAGUAACCGCAUAGCAACACCUUAGCAACCGCCCCGGGUCUCUAGCAACCGCAUUAGCAACCACCCUGGGUACCCUAGCAACCGCAUGGCAACACCUUAGCAACCACCCUGGGUACCCUAGCAACCGCAUGGCAACACCUUAGCAACCACCCUGGGUACCCUAGCAACUGCAUGACAACACCUUAGCAACCACCCCGGUUCCCUAGCAACUGCAUGGCAACACCUUAGCAACCACCCCGGGUACCCUAGCAACCGCAUAGCAACACCUUAGCAACCACCUCAGGUAACCUAGCAACCGCAUGGCAACAUCUUAGCAACCACCCUGGGUACCCUAGCAACCGCAUGGCAACACCUUAGCAACCACCCCGGUUCCCUAGCAACUGCAUGGCAACACCUUAGCAACCACCCCGGGUACCCUAGCAACCGC